CUGCAGGAACCCAUCUCAGUCCGCCCAUCCACCCAGCACCGGCACUCGUCGAGCAUAGCCAAUUCGCUGCCAAAGCCCCGCCAGCACUCGUAUUCCCUCUCGCAAGGCUCCAUACAUUCCGCUCAUCGUGCCACGCGCAGGAAGAGCAUGUCCUCGACCAACCCCGUGGCCGCCGCUGCCAAGGGCAUCACAGGCGCUCCUCUGGACACGAGCUCCUCUGCGCGCCGCCCCUCCAAGUCGGCAUCGCUCUUCAGAGGGCCUCCCAUGAGCAACCUCUCCGCCAUGGCCAGCAGCGUUCCCAGCCAAGCCUCGCCCUUCAGCCCCGGGAGCUAUGGCGCUGCGGCGAGGAACGAGGCCAUCACCGAUGGCCCUUCCCUAGCCACCAUGCAGGAGCAGAACCGCAACGGCUCCAAAUCUAGGAUAAGGCGCGCCAGCGAGGGUUCCCGUCUUGCCAAGGGCGAAGGCAAGCGCACAAGUGGUAGCGAAUUGAAGUGUGAGAAAUGUGGGAAAGGUUACAAGCACAGCAGUUGUCUGACCAAGCACCUUUGGGAGCACACUCCGGAAUGGCAAUUGACUUCCAAGCUGCUCAUCUCCAAGCAUCAGCAGGUGCAGCUGCUGGAGGCUGCGUCCGUCCUGGUCGCCAUGAACCAGGAGGCCGACGCCGCUCGCGAGAGCGACCAUUCGUCGCUAUCUCCCCCAGCCUCGGGCUCGGAGCUGCGCGACGACCUCAGUUCGGCGGACACGACUCCUCCUCCAACGGGCGAGGAGCACGCCAUUGGCUCCUACCCGCGCGCGCACUUCGCUCAGCGCUCCAUCAAGCGCAACUCUGCCCACAGCAGCACGGCUUACAGCCAGUCCUACCAGUCCGCCGUCUUCUCCGACCGUGGUCACGGCGGCCAUUACCGCCAAUGGAGCAACGUCUCGGAUCGGCCGACCACGUCCGGCACCUCCAUCGUUGGCUCCUACCAAGACGACGACAACGACCAGGCUGACCUGGCGGCUGCCGUCGGCUUGUUGAGCUGCUCGUAUGGCACGCCCAAAUCCGGGCCCGUUGCACUUCCGCCCGACGUCCCACCCGUGCCCCCGCUGCCGGCCAAGUUCCAGGGCUUUGGCAACAUUGGCUCCUUGACUCAAGGCAGCACAACCGUCACGGCGCAGCAGUCGAGCAUGCGCGGUACCAGCUACCCCUAUCACCAGGGCGAAACCAAAGACGUCAACAUGGACGACGACUUUGCUGACGAGGAUGAUUAUCGAAACACUCAUUCCCGUAGCCGCGGACGCGCAGAUGACGACGAGGACGGCGUGUUCGGGAGGAUGGAAGAAUAA